CAAUCACAGAAGGGACAGGGAGGCUUGCCUCUCCCCUCAACUGCAUGUUGAGAAAGAACGUCAUCUGCCUCAUACAUUUAGCUUAGCCAAAAUUAGCUAGUUUUUCAAAUCACAGAUAGCCUACAUCUUACCGAAACGACUGUUUUUUUUCUUUACUCGACAGUCAACGUAGCGGUUACUUAUUUAGGCUUCCUGGGUCGACGGUGCCAAAAAUGUACGCUAAAACCUUAUUCCGAUGCAGGGACAUGCUGAAAGCAGAACUGGUCGUGUGAAAUGCAGGCUAGCCUCAUCAAAGCUAGCUGACGAGCAGGGGCCGAGAAGCGAAAGUGGCUAACUUUAACGAGAGAUAAGCCUAUCACAACAAGCCUGGGUACUUUAACAUACCUGCCUCUGAAGCAACAAGGAGAAGGACCGACAGAGAAAGCUCUUUUCAUACAGCGACAGAGCCAUGGGUGCAUUCCUGGACAAGCCCAAGACAGAGAAGCACAACUCACGCGGUGAGGGAAAUGGCCUUCGCUAUGGUCUCAGCUCCAUGCAGGGCUGGCGGGUGGAGAUGGAGGACGCCCAUACUGCUGUGUUGGAACUUCCUGCUCCCGGCAUGAAUAACUGGUCCUUUUUCGCUGUGUAUGAUGGUCACGCUGGAUCUAGGGUUGCCAACUACUGCUCAAAGCACCUUCUGAAGCACAUAAUUAGUGCCACUUUAGAGGCCGGGACGUCACAAAGCUCCCAGACGGGUUCAGACAUCUCCACUAAUGACCAUCCAUCCUCAGGUCCCCCCACAGUGGAGUCUGUGAAAUCUGGAAUCCGGACAGGCUUCCUGAGGAUUGAUGAGCACAUGCGCAGCUCCUCUGACCUUCGCAAUGGCAUGGACCGCAGUGGCUCUACAGCAGUUGGAGUCCUCCUAUCUCCAGAUCAUUUCUUCUUCAUAAACUGUGGGGAUUCUCGAGCAGUCCUCUACCGCAAUUCACAUGUGUGCUUCUCCACACUCGACCACAAACCUUGCAACCCUCGUGAAAGAGAGCGCAUCCAGAACGCAGGUGGCUCAGUGAUGAUUCAGAGAGUUAACGGGUCACUGGCUGUAUCUCGGGCUUUAGGGGACUACGAUUACAAGUGUGUGGAGGGGAAGGGCCCCACAGAGCAGCUGGUUAGUCCAGAACCUGCUGUGUUUGAGAUGGUUCGGGCCCCAGAACAGGACCAGUUUGUGGUCUUAGCAUGUGAUGGCAUCUGGGAUGUCAUGUCCAACGAGGAGCUAUGUGAGUUUGUGAAAUCUAGACUCGAAGUGUCUGACGACCUGGAGAGAGUCUGCAAUGAAGUGGUGGACACCUGCCUUCACAAAGGGAGUCGGGAUAACAUGAGUGUUGUGUUAGUGUGUUUGGCCGGCGCUCCCAAAGUGUCGGAGGAAGCUGUGAGGAAAGAUGCUGAACUCAACAAAUAUCUGGAGUCUCGAGUGGAAGAGAUGCUGUCUCGGCCAGGGGAGGAGGGGUUUCCAGACCUGGUAACAGUGAUGAGGAACCUUUCUACGGACAGCGGCAUGCCCACUUUGCCACCAGGGGGAGGCCUCGCCAGCAAACGCAGUGUUAUUGAGGCAGUUUACAACCGUCUGAAUCCAUACAAGGAGGAGGAUGGGAGUGGAGCAGAGUUGGAGUGCCACUGGUAGCUGCCAGCACAACUGCCCGAUCUGGAAGGAAACACAGGACCACUUUUCCACACAAGAUCACAUCCAUAGUCACCUCUAAAUCUCCUCUGGGAUCUUUUUAUUAUUCACCAACACUGAGAGAUCAAUCACAGCUGAAAUCAGAUUGAAAACAAAACAACACACUCAAUUUGGAGGACUGCAAAACAAGUUCUUUCGUUUUUUUGUAGAAUAUAAUGGAAAAUAAAAAGAACUGCAUUGAUGGUCUGAGAACAGGACUACAAAUACAGUACUAGGAUCUGAGACGAAGCAGAGAAGCCCAGAUUUUUACUGGCUCUUGUUUUUUGUUUUUUGUUUUUUGCUUUCUUUGUGGUGAUUGUUUUUUUGAAUUGGAUUGACAGAUGCUGCUUUGAACUCUUUGGUGCCUGUUUUAGGACUGAGAAAGAGACCUAAUCCAACAGCUGGUCUGCGAAUCAUUGCUAAACCAGCUGCUCAUGGACAAGAUACUAGACCCAACAGUUAUUUGGCUGCAUUUUUGGUGCAUUUGUUUUGAAAAGUGAACCUGACAAUGGACUACACAAGCUGGAGACUCCCAUAUUACUUAAACUGUCCAGUCCAGACAGGCUUGGGGUUCUGGGCAUUACUGGUACUUAAAAAUGGGCCCUGAAGCAAGCCUCCAAGAAUGGAGUGAAAGACCAUCCAAAGACCUGGAGGUUAACACCUCAGGUUCACCUGUGUGAUGGGAGCCAACUUAGGAGAGGAAUCCACCUAGCAACAAAAAUCUGUUUUGGCUUCCCAGUACCAAGCCCAGACUAAAACAGGAAAAAGAAUCACAUGGAGACAGUUGACUCUUCUUGCACGUCCCUGUUCACUUUUCUCUCCUCCUGUUUGUCAAAGGAUAUUACCAAACGGUGGUUUUCUCAUUCUUCCCCUUUUGUCUGUAGCUAUUUUCGCUUUCCUCUGCCACUUAAAGUGACAGAUAGCUGUCAUUUGUAUUGACGGACAUUGCCAGAUGUAAGCUUUUGAGCCUGCUGUUGUUUAAGAGAUAGAAAAAUAGAUAUUAUAUAUAAAAGUCCUAUAAAUAUAUAGAUUGAUAUAUAUUUUGAGUUGUUUCAUCUUAAUUCUUAACCAUGGUAUUCGUUGUGGCCUAAAGUGGUGUGGUCCUUGUGUGCCAAGAAGACAAUUUAGAACACAAAAAAGUUGCACACAGUGUUCCACACAGCAGCUUUCCAAAGACAGGGUUUGUGGUAAAAGAGCUCCAGCCUCCUUCUUAUCUUCUGCUUGUACUUCUUUUUCUACUUCUCCUUUAUCCUCUUCUACUCAACACAUGCACAAUCCUGGUUCUGCUAAAACUUGCCUUUUCUAUUUCCUACAUAUCCUGUUUAAAAUAAAAACUAAAAAAGAGCUUUUUUGUUGAGAUUGAAACAACUUCAUGAAAAAAAGGUUAAUUUUAUAAUGUUUUUGAUAUACACAAGUGGCUUUUUAGAUUACAUUGGCUGUGCUCCUACAAUAGAUGGAUAUGGAAACAAUGGGAGCACAAAAUAAACCUUUUACUGCUUAUUUGAGGGAGAGUUAAGUUUUCAACUAUAUAAAUUAAAUGAGGGACAUUGUUGGACAAAAGAGAAGAGUCCCAGAGCUGUUCCUGUCUUUGAUUUUUCCUUAGCUGUUUUGAAGAGACUUUAGCCCAAAGGCAAAGGAUGAUAGCUGGGAAAUCCCUGGUUCAGACUUUUUGGAUUAACCAGGAGUCCAUUUCAUUUCUGCCACCCCAAGCACUAAUACCUGAAACUUCAGACAUACUCUUUGUCAUAAGAAGCCUCUUCCUUUUUAAGCAACUGUGCUCAUAGACAAAGUAGACACACAUGCUUUGCAUGUGUACUCUUUUCUGUAGAUUCAUUAAAACAGUAUAAAAAACCUGUAAUAUACACUUUUGUUCAAUCAUUCACUGGUAAAGUCAUUGUGCUUUCUGAAGUGGCAGUAUUGAAAGAGAAACAGCCUAACAAAAGUUUUUUUGGCUGGUUUAUGUUCUUGUGGUACACUUGCUCUCAGUGCCAUAUGACAAAUAGGUACUUGAAUGUGUAGUUCUUUUGCAGUUGAGUUGUUUUGAUGGGAUGAUUGAAUAGUUUUGUGGUGGAGGGGUGGGAUCUCUAUAACUGUGCAUGUUUUGUGAUUGAGGGAAGGAGUGUAUUUUGUGUGUAAGUGGGAGAUAUACUUACUGGGUGGAUGGGGGUAAUACGACUAUAUGCUCAGUGUGGUGAAAUAUAAUAUUAAGAUUUUUUCCCACAUCUACUCCUGACAAAUUCUGAAGCAUUUCAGGAACACUUCCCCUGUGUUUCUUGACACAUGUUGGGACCAGUGGGCAGCUUCCCCUGUUGUAUGGGGAGGGGACUUCAUCCUUAUGCUAAAAGGAUGCAUCGAGAUGGUGGCUGAGCAAAGUGUCAGAUGCAAUGACAGUUUUGCCUCUUUGUGAGAGCUACAUGUAAUACAGCAGUACCAACAGAAGAAUCAAUAACGUACUGGGGAUCAUAAAACCUAAUGAAGUAGGUUCAUCUUUAAAGCUAUCACUAGUCAUGUGGUACAAAUGCCAUCAACGCCGCCCACGGUAAAUUGUAUGACUACUAUCUGCUGUAUUCACACAUCAGCUCACCCAAGUUCUUGAGGAAAUUUUACCAGGUUCUCUGGCAAGAAACUUUCUGGGUAAAGUUUGGGUGAAAAUUGUGCUGUUUGUCUCUACACAUCAACCCCCCCCCCAAAAAAAAAAUGUUCAGGAAAUAUUCAUUUUUGUCAGUGUGUCAAUAGAGUUAAACAGAGGGAUGGCAAUAUUGAAAGAACAACUUGUUAUUGUAUGACAUCAGUCAUGUAGUUUUUGAAUCCUAAAGAAAGACUUUUUAUUGGCAUUUGGCCUAGAAUUGAAGAAAAUCUAAUGAGGAUCCUGAAAUUCUGUAUCCUGAAAUUUCUACUGCCUAUGCUAUUUCACCACAAUGAUCAAAGUCCUUCAGUUUAGGUUUUUUGUUUAAGCUAUUUCAGACACUGGGUUCAGACAGGAAUAACAGGAGGGAAGGAGGGAGAAAUGUUGAUUUUGUUGAAUGUAUUUUUUUUUUCAUUAUUCACACUGAUUCCACUGCAUGGACUGAGUAUGAGCAGGGCUGCGGCAUCUGCAGCUCUCCUUACUGUGUCGUCUUUUAUUGAUAGAACAAGCUCCUUUCUGAUUUUCUGUCUGAUCUCUACUCACAUGGAACUUUUUUUAAGAAACCUUGAGGUUUGAUAAAUUUAACCCUAGCUUGUUGCUUCAAUUUCAGAACAUGUUUGGCUAAUUUUACAUUUGGAUUGAAGAAGGCCAGUGAGAAUUUGGAAACUCAUGCACAAUACAACAUAAAACACAACAUUCCUAAUGUGGGCUCUUAGGGAUAGAAAUGAACCUGGUGUCUUUUUUUCCUUCUGCCCUCCUUGCUCACUGUUUCAAUACAAACUGAUGUGAGUGAUAAAUUCCACUUUUUUAUUUAUUGCUGUGCUUUGUAGCUCUUUAAAAAUGCUGUAUUUUGAAGACACAUUUAGGUAAUGACAUGCUGGUGUGCAUUUGACGGUAAUUUAUCACCCACUCACUUUCACCUUUGAGGAGACUAAGGGAGGUGAGCUUUCUGAAACACAAAGGGUAUUCACAUCCCUUCUUCCUGUACUAAUUUCCCAGUAUGCUAAUGUGAUGUUACAGACCAUACAGUGAACAUAAACGUCAAUAAAUGAUGGAAGUUUA